AUGUACAACAACAUAGUGGAGUAUCAACCUACAUUGCCGAGGAGACGAGUAUACAUAGAAAGAAACCACGAGGAAGGGCACAACAGUUUAUGGAAAGACUAUUUCAGUGCGGAGCCGACAUAUCCACCUCACUAUUUUAGGCGUCGCUUCCGAAUGAACCAUACAUUAUUCACGGGGAUUGUUAAUCGCCUCUCCAAUGAAGUUCCUUAUUUUCAACAUAGAAGAGAUGCAGUAGGACGGUACAUGAUAUCUCCACUACAAAAAUGUACUGCAGCAAUUCGUAUGUUGGCUUAUGGCUGUGCGGGUGACAUGGUUGACGAAUAUCUCCGCAUGGGUGAGACCACUGCCUUAUUGUGUUUGAAAAAUUUACUCAAGGAAUCAUACAUUUAUAUGGAGAGGAGUAUCUACGAAGACCCACACCAGAGGAUCUUCAACGACUACUUGAUAUCAGAGAGGUACGUGGUUUUCCUGGGAUGA